GCUGCUCGCGCAUUACUCACAGCGUGGGCGUUGACAAUUGGGCGGUAUGGCAAAGUGAGCAGUUACAAUUCGGGGCAGAGGAGAUCCUUGUUUUUCGUGUCAGUUCAACUGCAAAUUAAAGUUUCCGAAUCUCUCAUAUUACCUAUUUGGUGACUGAUAUAUACUAAAAGGAAGUUUUGAAAGGGUGUACUUUGGCCUGUAACUACCAUGAUUUCAAAAGCAAUUAUCGCGUUGGCGUUGCUUGGACUGUACCCAUCUGCUGCUACAUCAUUCAAUGGAAGUAUCAGGACUUUUUCUGGAUUUUUCCGGAUGGUGACCGAUGAGCCGAUUGACUACUUUGAUGUGCAGGAAGGUAGCGGAUCCGGGUUCAGCCCGGAUUCCACGAAAGACCACAAGCCACCAGGAGUUAAGCACUAUUACGUCUCUAAAGAGGCCUCCGCAUAUCUGACCGGCUCUCUGGUGACCGCAUUCAUCCCCACAGUGUACAUCCUGAUCUUUAUCAUCAGCGUGCCGCUCAAUGGCGCAGCGUUAUUCAUGUUCGUAAAUAAGAUAAGGCCCAAAAAACCGGCGGCGAUCUACAUGCUAAAUCUGGCUGUGGCCGACCUGCUGUUCGUGCUGUUGCUCCCCUUCAGGAUAUCUUACCACUUAAAUGGCAGCGACUGGGUGUUUGGGUCGGGGAUGUGCCGUGUGGUCACCUCCGCAUUCUACUGCAACAUGUACUGCUCCAUCCUCCUCAUGAUGUGCAUCAGUGUGGACCGCUACCUGGCCGUGGUCUACCCCAUCCAGUCGCUGAGCUGGCGCAGCUCGCAGAGUGCGGUGGCGGUCUGCGGGGCCAUGUGGAUGCUCGCGGUCGCCGGGGUGACGCCCAUCCUCCUGUCCGAGCAGCUCAUCCACUUGCCCGACCUGGGCAUCUCCACCUGCCACGACGUGCUGGACAUCAGCCAGCUGCGGGGCUACUACCUCUACUUCUUCCCCAUCUUCUGCUCCAUCUUUUUCUUCAUCCCCCUCGUCUUCACCACCGUCUGCUACCUGCGCAUCAUCCAGGCCCUCAGAGCCGUCAGCACCGUCAACCCCUCCAAGAAGACGCGUGCCGUCGCCAUGGCGAUCGUGGUGUUGGCCGUCUUCGUGGUGUGCUUCACGCCGACCAACGUCAUCCUGAUGGCGCACUAUGUUCAGUUCGCGCACAAGCACAGCGACGCAUCCUACGUCGCGUACCUGCUGUCCAUGUGCAUCGGUGCCGUGAGCUGCUGUCUCGAUCCGCUCCUCUACUAUUUCGGCUCGUCCCAGUGCCAGAAGCAGGUGGCCGGGAUCCUGCGGUGUCGGGCCGUCCCGCAGAUGGAGCGGAGCACGCAGUCGGGCAGUACCCGGACAAGCAAGAUGGAGUCUUUCCAGAGUGAAAUGGGGAGCCAGUACAAAAAACUGGUGGCCUGAUCGCGAUGAGACUCUCAUUGACUAAUUUUUCUUUUUUUAACUGCGUCCCAGACCUGAAUCUGAAGUAUGGAACUUAUUCAAUGCUUUGUAUCAGCUCUGUUCUUAGACUAUGAGUUUACAUUGCAACGCUAGCAUGUUAGAUUCUCUGUCAUCGCUAUGGGACAGUGUCACUCCAUUUGCAUUUACUUUUAUAGCUUCUAGUUCGAUGAACAGCCUACAUAGGGUGGCCUGGGUGAGACAGGAGUGCCAUUUUAAUAUGCUGGCUAAAUGCUAGGCCUAUUAGACUGCUGUUAUGUAAAACUACUCAGUCACAAUACGUGAUGCACAAUAGCCUACAUAAUGAAGGAUUGCCAUGUUUUGCUUAUUAUAUAAGAGUAGUUAGUAUGUAUAUUAUCAGUGUUAUUUUUGGGUCUGGUUACCCUCAAUAUUUUGUAUUCUCACAUUUACUUGCCAGUAUUAAUCAUGGAUUUAAAAUAGUGCUUUUAAAUACAAAAUAUAUAGGCUAGGCUGGCCUGCUUAACUAAUUCUGUAACAACCUUGGUUGUUAGCUGAAUAUUUCAUUUUCAGUCAGUGUUGGCCUGUUAUAAGCAUUAUUUGGUUUCACUACAAGUUACAAAUAUGAAUAUCUCAUGUCAUCUGUUGUUUAGCUUAUGGCCAGCUUGCUUACAAUAUUAAAAUGCAAUGUUCAAUCAUUCUGUGAAAAUUGAAAAUAAUUUCUACUACUUAUGUGGUAUAAGAUUAUGUAAUAGUUCUAACUUUGAAAUAAAUUUUUAAAAGAUU